AUGACCAACAGCUCGACCUGCACUGAACCAGACCUCAAGCCCUACUACGCCAUCACCUACACGUGCAUCCUGGUGCCUGGGCUAAUAGGGAACACCUUAGCUCUGUGGGUCUUCUACGGCUACAUGAAAGAGACCAAAAGGGCUGUCAUAUUCAUGAUCAAUUUAGCCAUUGCUGACUUAGCACAGGUCUUGUCCUUGCCCCUGAGGAUCUUCUACUACUUGACAGGCACGUGGGAAUUCGGAGGAGGUCUCUGCAUGCUUUGCUUCUACCUGAAGUACGUCAACAUGUACGCCAGCAUCUACUUCUUGGUCUGCAUCAGCGUGCAGCGCUAUCUGUUCCUGAUGCACCCCUUCAGAGCCAGCAGCUGCAAGCGCCUCUGCGACGUCUACGCCAGCGUGGCUGGCUGGCUUGUGGUCUGUGUGGGCUGCUUGCCCUUCCCGCUCCUCAGGCUCCAAAAUGAUGCUACAAACACAUGUUUCGUGGACCUCCCUGUAGAACAAGUUGACCUUUCCACCUCCCUCGCGAUGGUGAGCGUAGGAGAACUGCUGGGCUUUGUCACACCCCUCCUCAUCAUCCUCUACUGCUCCUGGAAGACUGUCCUGUCACUGAGAGAAAAGAAUUCGGCUUCCCGAGACCUCGGGGAGAAGAAAAAGGCUUUAAAGAUGAUUCUCACCUGUGCUCUGGUGUUCCUGAUUUGCUUCGGCCCCUACCACAUCAGCUUCCCCUUAGAUUUCUUUGUCAAAACUGAACAGAUCGGAAACAAGUGCGUGCAGAAGGUCAUCUCCGUCUUCCACGCCGUGGCUUUGUGCCUGGCCAGCCUGAACUCCUGCGUGGACCCAGUCAUCUACUACUUUACUACAGAUGAGUUCAGGAGGCGCCUGUCCAGGCAGGACUUGCAAGACAGCAUUCAGCUCCACAGCCUCGCUUCCACGAGGAAGAACUCCAAGGAUGUGCUCAGGAAGGAUGCUGUGGGCUGCUAG